GCGCUCUGGGCUCGGUGCCGCCGCCGCCGCCGCAGGAGGGACGCGGGAGGCCCCAGGCCCCGGUAGCCGCUCGCCUUUCGCCGGCCCCGCAGCCCCCGCGGAGGGCGGGGAGAUGCAGCCCCCGGGCGCUCAGCAGCCGCCGCUCUACGCGCCCAGCAGCGGGGACUUCACCUUCGUCUCCUCGGCGGACGCCGAAGAUCUUAGUGGUUCCAUAACAACUCCAGAUGUUAAGCUGAAUCUUGGAGGAGAAUUCAUCAAAGAAUCUACUGCAACUACAUUCCUAAGACAGAGAGGAUAUGGCUGGCUUCUGGAAGUGGAAGAUGAUGACCCAGAAGAUAACAAGCCACUCUUGGAAGAACUUGACAUUGAUCUGAAGGAUAUUUACUACAAAAUUCGAUGUGUGUUGAUGCCUAUGCCAUCUCUUGGGUUCAAUAGGCAGGUAGUGAGAGACAAUCCAGACUUUUGGGGUCCUCUGGCAGUUGUCCUCUUCUUCUCAAUGAUUUCAUUAUAUGGACAAUUUAAGGUUGUUUCUUGGAUCAUAACUAUUUGGAUAUUUGGAUCCUUGACAAUUUUUUUACUGGCCAGAGUUCUUGGAGGAGAAGUUGCUUAUGGCCAAGUGUUGGGUGUAAUAGGAUAUUCCCUGCUUCCCCUCAUUGUCAUAGCACCUGUACUUUUGGUGGUUGGAUCAUUUGAAGUUGUUUCUACACUAAUAAAAUUGUUUGGAGUCUUCUGGGCUGCCUACAGUGCUGCAUCAUUACUAGUUGGAGAAGAAUUCAAGACUAAGAAACCCCUUCUAAUUUAUCCAAUCUUUUUAUUAUACAUUUAUUUUCUGUCCUUGUAUACUGGGGUGUGAUCUAGUGUAAGAUGUGGCCAGAAACCAUAUUUCAGUCACUUGCAGACUGAUAACGUGUGGGAUUAAGAAGGCUGGAGAUAAUACAAGUGACUGUUUUGUAUGCAGUUGUCGAGAUGUUUUAAGAUGGAAGAGCAUAUUUGUGUAUAUUAUUUAAUGAAGCAAUUGUAGCUAUAUAGAUUUGUAUCAAAGUUCUAGGUUUGUUUAAGACUCUUCAGAUUUUAAUGAACAAAAUAAAAGAACCUUGUGUUUUAUAACAAAGCGUAGCAAAACUGCAACUCAAUACCUGUGCCAAAAGCACUGGGACCAGAUUACUAUAUUCAAGAAUUAAAAAUGAGAAGUUAACUGUUAACAAUCUCAAAGUGCAAUUUUUCCUUUAAGCUUAAACACAGCUGGCUUUUUUUGGCACAGCAAAUUCUGUAGAUAAUAUAUAUUUAUGAAACAGUCCUGAUUGUUCACAGAAUAGUCUGUAUAAUCAAGACAAAAAGAUACUACUUUUAAUUUAGUGCCUCAAUUACUGUGAUUUGGCUGUUGAGUUUUUAUAAAUUCCAAUUUGUUUUCAAAACAUGUAUAUACUGUGUAUUUUGUAUCUAUGGCUUGUGUGUACCGUAAAUACUCCUUGGUUAAGGAUGUAUAUUGGGUUUUUAAAAAUUGAAGAUACAAGUAUUUGAAGUUUUCAUUUACUAUCUCUGACCAAAGGAGCAAGAUACUUACCGUGUGACAUAAUUAAUUAAAGUGCAUAUUUAGAGAAUCAAAUUAUUUUGCUUAAAAGUAUAAAUUUACAGAGAAAUGGGUGACCAGCUUUCUCAGCUCUAGUGCUGGCCUAAUGUUGGAGAGAAAAAAGAUGAUCUAUCAAAUUUGUGUGAUCUUUAAACAAUGUUAUUUUAUGAUGACAAAAUAAAAAUAUUGCUUCCCUAACUAUGUUUUACAACAUCUUGCUCUGUUUUGCUUUUAAUAGCAUGGUAUUUAACAUGCCUUUUUUUUUUUUUUUUUUUUUUUUUUUUGCCAAUACUGUUAAUCCCCUGUGAAGAGAAAUGAGAAAGAUUUGUAAGGCCAGAUUCUCCCUCCACUAAACAAGGCAGAGUUACAGCCUUAGUAACAGUUAGAGUCUUGCUAAUUUUGACUCUCCAAGGAUUAUGUAAUAAUGUGAUGACAUGUUAAAUAUUUCCUGUGUACUGUGUUGAUUGCUUAUGUAAUGGUCCUUAUGGUAAUAUUUCUUCACAAGGGAAGUCCACUGAAGUUCACUUUGUAUGGUACUAACAUAGGCAUUUGCAAUUUCAGGAUUUAGAAUCAACAAAUAGCUCUGAAGGUUUGGGGUUUUUUUCUGGCAACAGAAAAAAAGCAUUUCCCAUUGUCCCCCCUC